CUCUUGCUCGCCAUCUUUGAUCUCAGUUUCGCAUGAUCUGUCAGAAGUGUGAAUGACAGGUGUCAAGUUGGCGCAAAAUUGGCUAUCGUUCACGUUCAGAGUGUGAAACGUAUCUCAUACUGAUUUUACGGUUCGCCGAGCGUUGUUAGGCUGUUAUUUCGAAACUCAAAGUAGUCAAUUUCCGUAGAGAACGUCCAACAAUGUCCAACAUAGAACUACUGGAGGAGAGAGUUGCAGAAUUGGAGAAUCAAGUUUUUAGUCAUGGAAAUCAGCCACAGAUCGAUGACCCACCGACAGAAAAUUCGGUCGUCGACAGUCUUCUUCAUGCUUAUACUUUGAUCUCAUCGUCGUAUUCUGGGCGAGAAAAAGCAAAUGCAGUCGUGAAACGAAUUGGGGAGUUAGAUUCUUACUUAGAUCCUAAUUUUGAGAAUUCGGAUCUUCAAAUGGAAGCAAGAGCGGAACUUAUACUUACCUUGGAACCUGAACUGAGGGGCAAUGCUCAUCUGUUAACCAAACUGGAGGAACUUCUACCGGUAUUGGAAUCAGAGCGGUUUCGCAGCGUGCCCGAGGCAACGCACAAGUUGAAUAACUUGACACUGGCAUACACAAAACUGCACGAUGAAUCGGAAGAACUUACAAGUGAAAUUUGUGAUGUUAUCGCUAAAUAUAAUUCUGUUAUAAAUAAUAUUUCUAGAUCACUUAUCAUUUUAGAUGCUACGGUAACAGCUGCUGAAAAUGCGGCGAUACCGGUCAAGCAACUGGAUUAGAUUUAUUUCUUGUUUUAUCUCAAAAAGUUUUUUAUGCAGCCCCAGCUUACGAAGCUGAAAGUAACUUAAUUCAGAUCAAUUAUUACUGAUUUAAGCAACAUUUAUUUGCGUACUACCGUUCCUCAAUACUGUUGAUCCAUUUUACGAUUUUUGAGUCUAAUUUUAUUCAUUAACCAUCCAAAGUGUCAUACGAUUUUUUUUUUAAUUUUAAUACGGCUCUCAAUUAUGUCUUGGAUGAAAGAGUAAUGAUUAACGAAUGGCCAGAUUCUUAUUGCACUAUUAAAUAAGCAGCAAUUGAAAUUGUAAGCUACUGUAAUAAAUUGUACACACGACCAACACGUAAAUACAGAACAAGAGAUUAUUAACGGAUUUUUUCAUCACUUUAUCACUUGUAAAUACUUUAUGUACAGUUUUUACCUAAUGUCUGGUUCCCAUGAAUGAAAAGCCUUCUCGAAAAUACACAUUUUUGCAAUGAUGUGAGCGCUACAUUUUAUGUACGUACCCUCUUAUCUUGGUGGUCUCCUUAUAUAUUCACUAAUUAUCGUUAUAUCAAGUUGUUACCGAAUUGAUAUUAAAGUUGUCACGAGUCACUGAAUGAAUUACAGGAACUUUCAUUUUUCAAAAACUCGAUAUUCGUAUAAAACUGGUUUCAAAUAUUAUAGAAAAAAAAUCUUGAACUGUAUGGAUUGUUAUAAUUACAUUUACUGAUUUUCUUCGCUUACGAUAUAAAAAUACUUAGGCACUCAUCACUGACUAUGCGCAUACAUAAACAUGUUUCUUUCUUUUCCUUUUUUUUUGUUUACUUUUAUAUACUGUUAAUAUUCCGUGUAACAAUGUAAUUUAAAAUAUAAUUAUAUAUUAUGUACAUUUAUUCUAUCUAUAUAUAUAGAUUAUAUAUAUAAUAUAGAUAUACUUCAGUUCUAACUACUGCCGACAUUCGUUCCAGGAAUUCUGCAACAGAAUUUCUGACACAAAUUUAUCGUUACAUACGGUUCGUAUUAGAGGUGGUUAAGGGUCUCUUAAAUGAAACAAUUAUCAUAAGUUCAAUCAUCAUACGUCGGUUACAUCCAUGCCGAAAAAUAAUAACGAUAUUUUACUUGAUUUUCAAACUUACAAAUUUUGUAUAUAUUACUACAAUCUUGACUGGUUAAUACGCCCAAUUACUUCAUCAAAGUUCCGAUUUUAUCAUUGAGAAUUUGAUGAAGCACCGUAUCAAUUAUUAUUCGGUCCUUUCAUUUUCGUGAAUAAUCAAUCUCUGUCUUACGUAAUAAACAGUUAAGGGACCCUAUCACCUAAAGUAUGUUAAAAAAAAAAAAAAAUUAAACAAAAUAAAUCAUUUACCGUAUCAAACAGUUUCUUUAUACAAUAUGUACAAUGUGGUUCCUUAGUCUAUGCAGAUAUACUGUUCGCCCGAUUCCGUUUAUAAUCUACCAAGUUUCCAGUUCUCAGUACUCAUCGAAGCAUUUCUUCACAGAGAUAAUAUUCAUUGACGCGUUUUAAUAGUCCUCCUGAUCGUCGCAUGUAUAAUAGAAUACACACACACAUAUAUGUA